UCGAAUCUGUUGAUAAAUCGAAACUCUUAUUGCAAAUUACAUCGAGCGAUGUCUCGAAAAAGUUCGUUUUUCCGUUUUAUAAAUUCACACUGCACAAUGAAGAUUUUGAUUUUAAUAACAUUCACCUUGACAGCCAUUUCUUCAACUCGAAGUUCAAAUUCGAGCGAGGCUCAUGAUAUCACAACACUGCUAAAUAAUACCAUAGCAAAAACAUUCCACAAUAUGAAUUCAGUCACAAUCAACAAGUUAGUCCUCAGCAUAGAGAAUUUAAAAUCGUUCACUUUUGCAACGUAUGCCGACUGCGAAUUAGGACCUUUUGAGAACGAAUUCUAUUUCACUGGUAUCACCGUAACCCCGGUCAAAGUAGAAUCUGCCCACUUGAGACAUGAAUUUUAUCACAAUAGAAUGACCAUAUUCUUUCACUACCUAUCCAUUGAAAUGAAAGGAUAUUUAGGAGCAACCCCAGACACAGUUCAUGUGGGUUUCGAACGAUCUUUGGAUUUUAAAAACAUUUCAAUCUACGUAAUAGCAGAACCAAUGGAAGGUUUUUCAAAGAACGAAUUCUAUCCUUACAUUGAUUUCAUUCACUACGAUGGUUACGAAUCCAAUUACAUAUAUUCGCCUUGGUUCCACGAAAACUUGACAACAGACAUCCGAUACGAACUGGAAAUACAGAUCAAAUCAUUCCUACCAUCGUUAUUCGAGUUCAAUUUACGAAACAACGAGAAUUUUGUACAAACACUCCAUGCAACUUUUUGUCGUCAUCCUGAAGAAGAGAUCACGUCGCAUUAUCCCUCUUUAGAUAUUUUUAGAACGAAAAAUUACUACUUCAUACCAAAUAUCACCUCUCUGCAUCGCACUUUGAGCAAUAUCACCAUCACAGGAAUGCACAAUUUUCAUAGUCACUCGUUCGCUGAUAAUUCUGGUCUAACUGUCAGCACUCUGAAGAUUCAGAAUAUUCGAGGAACCGUUAAUUUACAUUACUCUGGUCGAAAAUUUACAAUUUUUCCAUUGUACUUUGAAGUGGAUAGCAUUUCGAUAACAGUUGAUCGAAAACAACAAAGUAUCAAAGUGACUGCGCACAAUUACACGGUUAUUGAGACUAAAAUAAACCUUUCGUUGACGGAAUAUCAGUCCAAAUGGAUAAUGGAAGGUAUUCAAUUGGCGAUUGCGUCUUCGAUAAUGCCAUCGAUGAAAUAUUACAGAAACCGAAAUAAUUCAACCAAUUCGCUCAAAGAACACCCAAUUGUAAAAAUAAGCACGAAAUUAUCUCAGCAAUUCGAGCGUAGCACGUUACAGAACUUGUAUGAUACUUGGAACACAACGAUCCCCGAAAGCUUCAAGGCAGAAUCAAGUAUCCAAAUAGAAUCACUUAUUUACAAUAUUUCAAUUGAUGCUAAACCCACAACAGCAUUGAAACCAUAUCCAGUUUGUAUCAAAUGUGGUCUCUACAACAUCUUGCGGAUCCACUACGGAACCCCUCCUUGGUUCGGGAAAAUUAACGUGCUCAAUACCACUCACGAAUUCGACGAUAUUGAUUUUGAAUUGAAGACAGUUCUCGUUGAGCUACGUAAACUAAAUAAUUCGAAUAAUUUCGAAUUUCACUGGUUAUUAGUUUAUGACGUAGGCCUACAACUGAUCUCAAAUCCGUACAAUUUCACAGAUCACGAGAGAUUGGAGAUAGCACAAGCAGCGCAAAAACUGAUGAUCUCAUUGAUUAAGAAAACAUUUACCCUUUUCGCAGAACCACUUCUCUCUUUACCAUUAGACCAUUGUACCCCACCUGUGAAAAUUUUCGACGACUUCCUGCCUUUCUACGCCGAUUACGAAUUACCCUUCCGUGUACCAAAUAGCACGAUAUCGAAAAUUAACAACGUAACAAUCACACAGUGGACCAACUGGCCUUCUGUUUCAGUCUGGUUUGACCAAAAUCCUUUCAAUGAAAGCAUGGCGUUAUCGACAGAAGUUGAAUUAGAAUUGCCUGAGGCUGAAAUUUGGAUGAAUUAUAACGACAAAUCAUUCGAUAAAAGGCAUCUGACGCUGACUAGUUUACAAGUAGUAAAUUGCACAUAUAGCGGAGAGAUGAUCGUGGGUGUAAAUCCGAUGCCGAUGGAAUACAGACCUCAGAAUGACGAAACGUGCGGUCAACGUAUUUCGAAAAUCGCCAGGAUUCAAGCAAACCUAGAAGGUAUACUUGUCGAAUGUUUCAAAAAUCUUACCAGUCUUGUUUUUUAACAUUAUUUUGAUUAUAAUUUACCUAUUAUGUAUCAAUUUUAUACCAAUUGAAUAAAUGAAUCUCUGUUUUUUUU